UGUGUGGGUCAUAAGCUGCAAAAUUGAUCUCCUGGAUCAUUCUUAUGAUAUAAAUUACAGACUGUAUUUAUCCUUUAUAGUGUAUAAUGUACAUUCACUCAAACUAUAAUGGUUGGUAAUCUUGAAUUAUGAGUUACUCGGGUAGGAGAGGGUCCACGUCAAAUUUAGAACUUCCAAAUGUUUAUAAAAUGGCGGAUAUCUGACUCGAGCAAAUAAGACGUAAUUAUUAAUCUGAUAUAACGUACCGAUAUGUAACUUCAUUGUAGAUGAUUAAUAUCUGUUAUUUAGUGUUCAAUUAAAUAUGAAGAAGCAUAACAAAUAAUUUUAGUUACUACAAGACGUCAUAGAGCAAUCCGAGAGGGGAACAUCAUACUCACAGCCUCCUAGGCUGAGAGACUGGGAAACGGACAUCAAGAUGAGACCGUAGAGUGUGUAGUUUCCUGUAGAUAACCUUUGUAUUAUGGAUGCUAUAAAGAUAUAAAAACAUAGUUAACAUAAAAAGUGUUCCAGAGUUAAUUGAUCAUAUGCACAACGUGAACGUCCUGACUAGGUUCAGUAUUGGUCGUCUAGUAGUGAUGUAAAGGAUGAAACUGAUGUUUACAAGCUAGCAACUCAAGAGAUUUCAAGUGACUUUAUAACCCGAUUUCUUACAGUUAAAGAGAGAAGAUUACAAGAAUAACUGAGGAUGUCAAAGUAUUCUGUUUCCAAUAGAAGGCAUCAAUGUGAUAUUUGUGAUAAAUCAUUUGAAUACCUGUCUAGUUUAAAUAAACACAUGAUGAUUCAUACUGCAGAGAAGCCCUAUAAAUGUGAUGUUUGUGAUAAAUCAUUUAGAGACUCUUCAGAUUUAAAUAAACACAUCAGGAUUCAUACGGGUGAAAAACCCUAUAAAUGUGAUGUUUGUAAAAAAUCAUUUACCAUCGUUAGUAACUUAAAUAAACACAUCAGAACCCAUACUGGUGAAAAACCCUUUUCCUGUGAUGUUUGUAGUAAAUCAUUUACCACUAGUAGUCAUCUACGUAGACACACCAGAUCCCAUACUGGCGAAAAGCCCUUUUCUUGUGAUGUUUGUAGUAAAUCAUUUACCAGUAGGGAUGUUCUACAGCGACACAGAAGAAUUCAUACGGGUGAAAAACCCUUUUCUUGUGAUGUUUGUAGUAAAUCAUUUACUGGGAUUAGUGAUCUACAAGUACACACCAGAAUCCAUACUGGUGAAAAACCCUUUUCUUGUGAUGUUUGUAGUAAAUCUUUUAUCUCUAGUAGUAAUCUACAUAAACAUACUAGAACUCAUACCAGCGAAAAACCCUUUUUCUGUGAUGUUUGUAGUAAAUCUUUUACCACUAGUAGUAUUUUACAUCAACACACCAGAAUUCAUACUGGUGAAAAACCCUUUUCUUGUGAUGUUUGUAGUAAAUCAUUUACCACUGGCAGUGAUUUACAACGACACACCAGAACCCAUACUGGUGAAAAACCCUUUUCUUGUGAUGUUUGUAGUAAAUCAUUUACCAGUAGCAGUUAUCUAAAUGUACACACCAGAAUUCAUUCUGGAGAAAAACCCUUUUCUUGUAAUGUUUGUAGUAAAUCAUUUAACAAUAGUGGUAUUCUACAAAACCACAUUAGAAUUCAUACCAGAGAAAAACCCUUUUCUUGUAAUGUUUGUAGAAAAGCAUUUACACUAAAUGGUAAUCUUCAGCAACACAUGAAAACACACACGGGUGAAAAACCCUUUUCUUGUGAUGUUUGUAGUAAAUCAUUUACACAGAAUAGUACUCUACAUAGACACAUGAAGAUCCAUACUGGAGGAAAAAAACUGUAGUCAGCGAAGUUUGUAGAAAAUCUUUAGCUUGUGAUGUUUGUAGUGACACCUUUAGCUUGUAGCUUGUGAUGUUUGUUAUAAAACCUUUAGCUUGUGAUGUUUGUUAUAAAACCUUUAGCUUGUAGCUUGUGAUGUUUGUUAUAAAACCUUUAGCUUGUAGCUUGUGAUGUUUGUUAUAAAACCUUUAGCUUGUGAUGUUUGUAGUGACACCUUUAGUUUGUAGCUUGUGAUGUUUGUUAUAAAACCUUUAGCUUGUGAUGUUUGUAGUGACACCUUUAGCUUGGAGCUUGUGAUGUUGGUUAUAAAACCUUUAGCUUGUAGCUUGUGAUGUUUGUUAUAAAACCUUUAGCUUGUGAUGUUUGUAGUGACACCUUUAGCUUGUAGCUUGUGAUGUUUGUUAUAAAACCUUUAGCUUGUAGCUUGUGAUGUUUGUAGUAAAACCUUUAGCUUGUGAUGUUUGUUAUAAAACCUUUAGCUUGUGAUGUUU